AUGUCGUCUGUGUUAUCCUUCAAAGAUCACUGUAAGUUCACUGCGCAGCGAGCUGUGCGUAAGUUCACCACGAGAGAUGGGCUGCUGGGUGAUUACAACUAUAAGUUCCUGUUCACACCACGUUUGCCCUUCACUAAGCGCACCAGGGUGUCGCAGCCGUUUUUCGGCCUAAACGACGAGAUGCCCGUAGUGCUAGGGCUUAUACUGGGCUUACAGCACUCGUUGGCGAUGCUUGCUGGUGUUAUUACACCUCCGCUGAUCAUCUCUUACUCUGUGAAUGCCACCACAGAGACACAGCAGUACUUUGUUUCAACCUCGCUGAUUGUGAGUGCGCUUCUCUCUGUGAUCCAAAUCACAAGAUUCCACAUCUACAAGACUCCGUACUACCUGGGCUCCGGUAUGCUUUCUGUUGUUGGAACAAGUUUUGGUGUGAUUGUUGUCGUACAGAAGGUUCUUCCCAUCAUGUACAACUCUGGGUUUUGUCCUGUGAGUGAAGACGGCACUCAACUGCCAUGUCCAGAUGGCUACGGUGCUAUACUGGGAACCUCAUGUGUCUGCUCGCUUUUGGAGAUCUCAAUGAGCUUCAUUCCUCCAAGGUUUCUGAAAAAGUUGUUCCCAGCCACGGUCACAGGUACAGUUGUUCUUCUAAUGGGUGUUUCCUUGAUCAAAGCUGGGUUCCAAGAUUGGGUAGGGGGCUCAGGUUGUGUUGAUGCUAUAUGUCCAUCUGAAGGUGCACCUCGUGCAGCAGAAUGGGGGUCUGCCCAGUUCAUUGGUUUGGGAUUCCUCGUGUACGUUACAAUCAUAAUUGCUGAGAAAUGGGGUGCACCAAUUAUGAAGUCCUGUUCUGUUAUUCUGGGCCUCUUGGUAGGAUGCAUUGUCGCUGCAGCUUGUGGCUACUUUGAUAGAUCUUCUAUAGAUGCAGCAAAUGUCGCAUCUUUUAUCUGGGUGGAAACGUUCAGGCUAUCUGUAUACGGGCCUGCAGUGCUUCCAAUGCUCAUUGUCUAUGUCGUGUUAUGUGUUGAAACCAUUGGUGAUCUAACAGCCACCUCAGAAGUUUCGAGACUGGAAGUGGAAGGUCCAGCUUAUGAGUCCCGUAUCCAAGGUGGUGUCUUAGCAGAUGGCUUUAAUGGACUCAUUGCCGGUCUUUGCACCAUCACCCCAAUGUCAACCUUUGCACAGAACAAUGGUGUCAUAUCAAUCACCAAAUGUGCAAACAGAACUGCAGGCUAUUGGUGUUGUCUCUUCUUAUUGAUCAUGGGUAUAUUCACAAAAUUUGCAGCCUCAUUGGUGGCCAUUCCAAAGCCUGUCCUUGGUGGUAUGACUUCUUUCUUAUUCACAUCAGUUGCAGUUUCCGGUGUUCGAAUCAUAGCAACAUGUAAGUUCACAAGACGUGAUAGAUUUGUGCUUACAGCUGCACUACUUCCUGGAUUUGGUGCCAUUUUGGUACCAAACUGGUUUGAUAACGUUUUCCACUACUCAGGAACCAAUACUGCGCUCCAAGGGUUUCUGGAUGCCAUUGUCGUCAUUAUGGAAUCAUCAUAUGCAAUGGGAGGUAUAAUUGCAACUAUUCUCAACUUGAUGCUUCCGGAGAUGAACGACGAUGAUGGAGAUGAUGAGAUUCCGGAUGACCUCUCUAAAGACUUUGAUGAACUGCAAAUGGAUGACUAUGUGCAACAAUAUGACGAUUUGGACAAGCAAGCAGAGAGCUCACAGAAGAUCAAGCAUUUAAAAUCCGGUUCAACUUCUCAUACAACCACUUAUGAGGGAAGGUCAUCAAAUAUUAAUGAUCAUACAGAGUGA